AGCAGCACCCAGCAGCAUGACGGCACCCAGCAACACCUACGAUGUGAUCGUGGUCGGAGGAGGCAUCUCAGGUUUGAGUGCAGCAAAGUUGUUGAAAGCCAGCGGAUUGAAUCCCGUCGUCUUGGGGCCAGAGAUCGAGUCGGCGGUCGAACCUUUACUGUUCGGAAUAAGGAAACAAAAUGGGUGGAUCUGGGCGGGGCGUACAUCGGACCGACGCAGAACCGCAUCCUCCGAUUGGCCAAAGAGUACGACAUAAAGACCUACUUAGUCAACGAGCAGGAGAGCCUGGUGCAUUAUGUCAACGGAAAGUCUUAUCCGUUCCACGACUCCUUCCCUCCCAUGUGGAACCCCAUCACUGUGAUGGACUUCAACAACCUCUUCAGGACGAUGGAUGAGAUGGGUCAGGAGAUUCCCAGAGAGGCUCCCUGGAGAGCUCCUCACGCUGAGGAGUGGGACAAGAUGAGCAUGCAGCAACUCCUUGAGAAAAUCUGCUGGACCAGUGCCGUUCGUCGCUUUGCCACCCUGUUUGUGAACGUCAAUGUGACCUCUGAGCCCCACGAGGUUUCAGCCCUGUGGUUCCUCUGGUACGUGAAACAGUGCGGAGGAACCAUGAGGAUCUUCUCCACCACUAAUGGAGGCCAGGAGAGGAAGUUUUUAGGAGGCUCCAGUCAGAUCAGCGAGUGCAUGGCCAAGGAGCUGGGCGACCGAGUGAAGCUGCAGUCUCCGGUGUAUAGGAUCGACCAGAGCGGAGACAUGGUGGUGGUGGAGACGGUGGACAAGCAGACCUACACCGCCAGGUACGUGAUCGUGGCCACUCCUCCCGGUCUGAACCUGAAGAUGCACUUCAACCCCGAGCUGCCGCCGCUGAGGAACCAGCUGAUCCACCGAGUCCCCAUGGGCUCCGUCAUCAAGUGCAUGGUCUACUACAAGGAGAACUUCUGGAGGAAAAAGGGUUACUGUGGCACCAUGGUGAUCGAGGAGGAAGGCGCUCCCAUCGGUCUGACGCUGGACGACACGAAGCCGGACGGGAGUGUGCCUGGUAUUAUGGGAUUCAUCCUUGCUCGCAAAUGCAGAAAGCUAACCAGCCUGACCAAAGAAGAGAGGUUGAAGAAGAUCUGUGAGAUCUACUCCAAAGUCUUGGGCUCAGAGGAGGCGCUCCAUCCGACUCACUAUGAGGAGAAGAACUGGUGUGAAGAGGAGUAUUCUGGAGGCUGCUAUACGGCCUAUUUCCCUCCAGGAAUCCUUACUCAGUUCGGCAGAGUGCUGAGGGAGCCGGUCGGCAGGCUGUACUUCGCCGGCACUGAAACAGCCACAGAAUGGAGCGGCUACAUGGAGGGAGCUGUGCAAGCUGGAGAAAGGGCCGCCAGAGAGGUCUUGUGUGCGAUGGGUAAAAUCCACCAGUCUCAGAUCUGGCAGACGGAGCCCGAGUCUAAGGACGUCCCAGCGCUGCCCUUCGACACCACCUUCUGGGAGAGAAACCUGCCUUCGGUCAGAGGUUUCCUCAGGUUCAUGGGCGUCUCCAGCGUCCUGUCUGCUGCCGCCGUCGCCGGCCUGCUGGCCUACAAGAAGGGCCUCCUGCCUCGGAGCUAAAGCCGCCGUCGCCUCGCUCCUCUGCACCUCGGCCGGCUCUGGACUUGUAGCGGCUGCUUCUGAGAAAGACUGUUGGGCUCAUGCAGAAACACUAACACACUGUCACUUUGUGCACAAAAACGAAGAAAAACAAAAGAAAAGAGGGAGCGAGUAGCAGCGGGCUGAGUACAGGUUCAGAGCUGCGGGUGUGGGAGGAGUGAUGAUGACAAAUCCACAAUAAAUCUGAGACUCAGAUUGUGAAACUAAUGAAGGAAAGAAAAAAGAUCAGAAUCAGUCGUUAAAAGAGGGAAAUAUAUCUCAUCUGUCACUAUUACUGUUCCAUACGUUGCCAAUUACACUCACACUCUUGAUUACGUGGGAAUUUACGAACCCGUCAUGCUUAUUGUGUGUCUGUGUGUGUUGUGUACAGAGAGUGUGUGUUUAUGUGUGGAUGUGUGUCUCCACUGUGUCCAAUUACCUCUGCUGAUUUUAGGUGCUGAUUUAUUCUGACAAGAGGUUCAAUAACACAGAGCUCGAGCCAUCACCCCUUAUUUUGUCGUUUUCUGUCAGCAAAUCCCAUGAAAAUACACAAAAAACUGGCAUUUUUUCAAAUUUUGCAGCUUGUUGUUCAAAAAUAUUUUCCAAAAAUCACACCGGUGAUUCACAGUUUUGCACAGGAUGACAUGAAAUCUGUUUGUUGUCAUUAAAUCCCACAUAUUUAGUCUUGUAGACUCCUAAUGAGGCAUCAAAUAUGUGUUAUUUCUGUGGUAAAUGUGCUAUUUUUUGGUUAAUAGUUCAAAAUAAAGGUGGGAGUUGCACCAUCAAAAGCCUGAAUUUGUUAAAUUUUGCACCACAUUUUAGAUGAAUAUGUCAAAAUAGAAAUAUUUGAAUGUGCAUAGUAUUGUUUCUAAUUUAAAUAAGAGGUUAUUGGAGGAAAAUUUAUUAAUUAUAUGUAAAAUGAGCAUCUAUGCAUCUGAUGUCGCAUGUCUGUUGCUUUUGAGUUGGAUUUUUUUUUUUUUACGCAUCACUUGAUUUUGGUUUUCUUCCGCUGUUGGUUAGUCAGUCAGUUGAUUUCUUGAUUAACCAAUUAGUUGUUUGAUCUAUCAAAUGUCAGAAAAGGAUGAAAAAUGUCGAUCAAACCUCAAGAUGAUGAAUGUUUUUUGUCUAAAAUCUCAGAAAUAUUCAGUUUACUGGCAUAGAGGAGGAAAGAAACUAGAAAAUAUUCAUAUUUAAGACUUUUUUCCUUUAUAAAAGUAUUAAUCAAUUAUCAAAAUAGUUGCUGAUUAGUUUAAUAGUUAAUCAAUAAGUCGUAGCAGCUCUGCUAAUUACUCCCAACAGCCAAAGUGACUGCAUAUAUGUGACUUCAUUAAAGUUUCUUUUAAGUGAAUCCCUCAAUUCAUGCCACAGAUCAGCAGAGCUGUAAUGAUUCAUUGAUUAAUCGUUAACUGUUCAAUUAAUCGGCCACUAUUUUGAUAAUCGGUUAACAGAAUUUUAAGGGAAAAAAGUAAGUAUUCUCUGAUUUCAUCACCCUAAAUGUGUUUAUUUAAAAAAAAAACACUAUUCUCUCCCGUUUGAGUAAAAUUAGCUAUUUAUGGCGAAUUGUGAAAGAUUCCUGUUAUCAACAGGUCAAAAAGUAAUGAAAAACAGAUUUAUUAAUUGGUUUUCAUGGGAUUUGUUGACUUUAUUAAAAAGGAAAAUACACAAUGAGAAAAAGGAAUAAUUGUAGCUUUGCUCUAUCAAUUAAAACCUGUAUUUUGGGGUGAUGUAACUUGUCUGUUGGUAAAUGUUAAACGGAAGCAUUCGAAUGUAUUUUUCUUCACACUAGACAGCACCUGUUGCUAUGUUAAGAUAAUCAGAUUUUUGACUUGGAUGUUUUCACCUUUUAUUCAUUCAGAUUAACACAGAUCUACAGAAUAAGUGUUUUAAAAUCCCAAAACUAACAUUACAGGAAAAUUUUUGGAGAAAAUCCAGAUUGUAGGAACACAUCAUCUGUGCAGCUGAUGUUUUGCAGGAAAAGUUCAGAAAAUUGCGACUUCACAAGAGAGAAAUGACAGCUGAUUCCACAUUAAAAGCAGUUCUACAGCAGCCUGCGACCAGCUGCAGAUGUUGACAAAUGUUUUCUAAGUUUUGGAGGCAGAUGUGCAGGAAGUUGCGCUGUUCUCAUCCCAAAGACUGGUGUUUGUGAGUGUAGUUUAUCUGUCGUGCCUUAAUGGAAGUCUCGGUGUUUUGUUUUUUUUUGGUCAUUUCUCUCAAGUGCCUGUGUGACUCUGACACUCUGAACGUCGCCUCUCUGUCCUCCCGCCAGGCGAGAGGGCAGAGAGGCAUCAUGGGUAGCCGUUAUUUAGACAAUGCCUGGUCCCCGUCGGCGUCCUCGCUGUGAAGUGGACUCAGGUGAAGCUGGGUGUGUAGACGCGGUGUCGGCUGUGAACAAUGGAGCUAAGACUGUUUAUUUCCAGUGAAGUGUGUGCAUGUUGUGUUGUGCUUGCAGUGCUUCACUUUGUGUCCGCCCUUGUCGUGGUUCCCUGCUGGCCUUUGACACUCCUCCGUCCCAGUUUUAUCUUUCUCCAGCUCCGACUGGACGAAGACGUCACCUAUGUUUUCAGUGUUCUGGUUGGCUGACAUCGGUGAACAAACAAAGCCUGUCAAACAAAUCUGUCCGUCCUUUAAUAAACCACAGACCAUCGGCAGACAUUCGGUUAUUUGUUAUGUGAUCAGAGUUUCUUCUGGACUCCGUCCCUCCUGUUCUUCAUACGAGCCUCCUUAACUCUUCUUGUGAGCUGUUCUUUGAUGUCUGAUUCCUCAAACUAAGCUGGUGAUAUUUAACAGAAAACAAUGUGAAAUAAAUCUUUUACUCGUCUUAAAA